CGUACAAUGGCCCGACCGCCGCCACUACCGGGGCCUGAACGGGCCUGGCGGAGCCCGAGCGUGGUGAAGAGAUUGUUUUCUGAAGGCUGCGUUGGAGGCCGUGACAGAGCAGAGAGCCUGUGUGGAGCCGAUGGGGAGGCUUUCUGAGUAACAUGGCCCUUCGCCGUUAGCCUUGCCAUGACCACAUUUUUCACCAGCGUCCCCCCCUGGAUUCAAGAUGCAAAGCAGGAGGAGGAAGUGGGCUGGAAACUAGUUCCCAGACCUCGGGGCCGGGAGGUGGAGAGUCAAGUGAAGUGCCAAUGCGAGAUCUCGGGGACACCCUUCUCAAAUGGGGAGAAGCUGAGACCUCACAGCCUCCCCCACCCAGAGCAGAGACCGUAUAGCUGCCCUCAGCUGCACUGUGGCAAGGCUUUUGCCUCUAAGUAUAAGCUGUAUAGGCACAUGGCCACCCACUCAGCCCAAAAACCACACCAGUGCAUGUACUGUGAUAAGAUGUUUCACCGCAAGGACCAUCUCCGGAACCACCUGCAGACCCAUGACCCCAACAAGGAGGCUCUCCACUGUUCCGAAUGCGGUAAGAAUUAUAAUACGAAGCUGGGCUACCGGCGUCAUCUGGCCAUGCAUGCCGCUAGCAGCGGUGACCUCAGCUGUAAGGUGUGCCUGCAGACCUUUGAGAGUACCCAGGCCCUGUUAGAGCACCUGAAGGCCCAUUCACGCCGGGUAGCAGGGGGUGCCAAGGAGAAGAAGCACCCCUGUGACCACUGUGACCGGCGGUUCUAUACUCGUAAGGAUGUGCGGCGGCACCUGGUAGUGCACACAGGCCGGAAGGACUUCCUGUGCCAGUACUGUGCCCAGCGGUUUGGCCGCAAGGAUCAUCUGACACGGCAUGUCAAGAAGAGCCACUCACAGGAGCUGCUCAAGAUUAAGACAGAGCCAGUGGACAUGUUAGGCCUUCUCAGCUGCAGCUCCACAGUCAGUGUGAAGGAAGAGCUGAGUCCUGUGCUGUGCAUGGCCUCUCGGGACAUGAUGGGGCCCAAGGCCUUCCCAGGCAUGUUACCCAUGGGCAUGUAUGGCACCCACAUCCCUACCAUGCCCAGCGCGGGCAUGCCACACUCCUUGGUGCAUAACACGCUGCCCAUGGGUAUGAGCUACCCUCUGGAAUCCUCACCUAUCUCUUCUCCAGCUCAGCUUCCUCCAAAAUACCAACUUGGAUCUACCUCAUACUUGCCCGACAAAUUGCCCAAAGUGGAGGUGGAUAGUUUUCUGGCGGAGCUUCCUGGAAGCCUGUCUCUCUCAUCCGCUGAACCCCAGCCCGCCUCACCUCAGCCGGCGGCAGCUGCGGCCCUCCUAGAUGAAGCACUGCUCACCAAGAGCCCCGCCAACCUCUCUGAGGCCCUCUGCGCUGCUAAUGUGGACUUCUCCCACUUACUGGGCUUUCUUCCACUCAACCUGCCCUCGUGUAACCCACCUGGGGCCACGGGAGGCCUGGUCAUGGGCUACUCCCAGGCUGAGGCACAGCCCCUGCUCACCACAUUGCAAGCUCAGCCUCAAGAUUCCCCGGGAGCUGGGGGACCUCUGAACUUUGGGCCCCUGCACUCCUUGCCUCCUGUCUUCACCUCUGGCCUGAGUACCACCACCCUGCCUCGUUUCCACCAGGCAUUCCAGUAGCCCCCAAGGAGGCCCUCAGCUCAGUCUUGGACUCUGUCAGGGAGCUUCAGUACCCAUCCCAUCUGCAUGCCCUGUAAACGCAGCUGAGCUCUCAGAGCUGGGUUCAAACAGAAAAUAUUCCAGUAUCUGUAUGGAGCACUUGGUUUGGGGGCUCAGGCUCCAGGAUCAGUUCCAGGAGGAGCCUUGAGCCCCAACCCCAUGAAAAGAUCGCAUACUAUAGGACUUCAGGUAUUUUUACUUUUACUUUUUUUAAUCUGAAUCGGGAGCCACACUUAGUCCUCUCUUUCUCCAAAGUGUCAGAACCUCCUCCUCUUUGGAGAAUGGGGAGACCUGUUGGAGACACAGAGGGUUUCACUUUGGAUGACCUCGAGAAAAAUAGCUGAAGAAGCCCGCCUUCUGGUCCCAACCUGCCGACUCCAUAGCAGUUGGUCAGGCCCUGCUGUAGAGGGUCACCUGGCUCCAUCACCUGCUUCCAAUGAACGGGCAGGAGAGAGGGCCUCUGUUCUUCCUCACCACCUCCAUCCCACUUUUACCAGCACCUACAUUUUCAGUCAGUGUUGUCCAGCAACGUUACUGUUUACACAGUCGCUUCAGACUCACCAUUUCACCUCUCUUGCCGAGCUGUUAGCCUUAGAAUGAUUGCAGUGAACAUUGUUUACACACCGUGAAUUCAUUCCCACCAGUCCAUUCCAGUUGGCACCAGCUGGAACCUUUUGGUACCUGGUGUUAACCGGAGCCCUGUUUACAAGGCGGAGUCGGGUCUCGCUGACUUCUCUUCACUUGAGGUCAUAUUUUUCCCCUGUGGGGAAAUAAACUGACUUUGGACUGCUUCAGUCUCUGCCAUCUUCCAUGACUGUGUCGUUCCUGCCUUCCUCAGCAGUGUCUGCAGGAGACAGGCAAGAAGAUUGGAGCAGUUUCUCACAGGUCUGCAAUUCUGUGUUUCUCCAAGUAUAUAUCAUGAUCCCCUCAUCCUACUUUUGAACUGGGGCGGGGAAGAAAUGAAAGACAUGCCCACUUCCAUCACCUCCCCAUCCCCUAACCCCAACCCUGAACAUCAUGAGCUGUUAUCACUAGUCUUAGGAGGGACUUGGGUUCUAGACUGGUGUGAAAAGCAAAGGAGAGGGUGUGAACCCUCAUUUGUCUCUCCUACCUGUCCAUUUUCCAGGAAGUUGUAGAAUCGUAGGAAGAGUUUUCAGGAAGUUGGGACUGGGCAGAUCGAUCGGUAAAUCCUAAUCUGUGGGUGCAUCAUUGCCUCCCACCAAACUUCUCUUACCCACAGUGUCCCUCUCUCUACUUUGCAGUUUCCUUGGACUCAGGGCCACUGUACAUAGGCUUUUCUGCUCUCCAUCAAAAAACUUCCACUUUCCUGUUGUGGCUUCCCCCAGUUUUGUCCCCAAUACUCAGCAAGGUUUCUUGCAACAAAUGAUAAGUUCUUCUGACUUGUGGGGCUCUGCCAGAGACAGCACAGCCCUUGCCCAGCCAAACCUCAUCCUUCAUCUCAGUUCUGCAUGGGCACUCUUCCCAUUCAUGGAAGGGAGGUAGCUCAGGGACCACCACUGUGGGAUCCUUUUGAGAUACUUCCACUCUUGAUUCAGAAACACACUCCUACCUCUUUACUGUUAACUCCUACAGAUGCAGCCAGCAGUCUCUGGGCACUUCUCUCGGUGUGUGCCUCGUGCUGGCUUCUCCACUAGGGUUUCAGGACAAACUACUGAGGAACUGCCUCAGUCUCCUCCUAGUCCUCUCCCCUCACCCUUCUGUCUAGAAAUAACUUUGGUAUAUCGUCAGAAACUGAGCAGGUGCAAGACACAGGCUUCUGCUUCAGACCAGGCCAGUACUCUUUGUUUGAGGUGAAAGCCUUAAACUGUAGCUCCCUAGCCCUUGAUUGGAAGCAAUGUGGAGUGAAUAAGCAUGUUUUUGAUUUAGGCAGGGUAGCUUGGGAUACCUUUAAAAAAAACAAAACCAGAUAUAAAAAUGUCUGGCAAAGUUAGAAUCAGACUAGGUGAUUUGCUUCUAAAAAUUAGUUUCAGUGAGUCCCAGGGACUGAUUAAAGUUUAUUUUUAAAAGCGUCCGCCUUGGUACGCAGCCACCUCCUGCAUGCUGUGCAUGUUAUUGGGACUCGUAUUACAGGAAAUGGUAUGUGAGGAUCCAAGCAGGACUCAGUGCUGCCAUUCUCCUUGUCUCUGGUCUUCAUCACUAGACCCAGCAAUCCUCCCCCUCCCUGUCACCUUCCGUACACCCUUUGUUUACAGAGGUAAAUGGGCCUCUGGCCACAGGAUAUAGUCUCAGGCUGUUAGAGGAGACCCCUCCUCUUUGCCUUCUCUUUCCUGUCCCAUCCUUGAAUCCUCUCCAUUAGUGAUGUUGGGAAACUCACAGGACAGGCAGAGUGAAUAUUUAAAACCUUGUAACUGGAGCCUUGCCUUUCCUCUCCUUCCAUCCUGCCCCUUUACCUCUUCCUUCAAUGCCCUGACCACCCACAAGGAAUUUCCCUAUCACUGUGAACUUUGCUGGUGCAGAGGAACGUCUGCCUUCACCAUUUUUUUUUUUUUUUUUUUUUUUUACCAUAGCCACCCAGCUGUUUCUUAAACUUCCCUUUCCUUAAUUAAAACAAACAAACAAAAAAGCCUUAUUAGCCUGGUUGUUCAAAGAAUAAUAGCAUAUCCUACACUCAGUACCAAA